UCGGCGCCAUCUCAGCAUAUUUCUCUGUAACUCAACUUAGAAAGCAGCUAGAAGAUGUCUGGACGCGGAAAAGGAGCGGGAAAGGUUCGAGCCAAGGCGAAGAGCCGCUCCUCUCGGGCCGGGCUUCAGUUCCCCGUCGGCCGUGUCCACAGACACUUGAGGAAGGGUAACUACGCCCAGCGUGUCGGUGCCGGAGCUCCGGUGUACCUGGCGGCGGUGCUGGAGUAUCUGACCGCUGAGAUCCUGGAGCUGGCCGGGAACGCUGCCCGCGACAACAAGAAGACCCGUAUCAUCCCCCGUCACCUGCAGCUGGCCGUCCGCAACGACGAGGAGCUCAACAAGCUGCUGGGCGGAGUGACCAUCGCUCAGGGCGGCGUGCUGCCCAACAUCCAGGCGGUCCUGCUGCCCAAGAAGGCCGAGAAGGCCAACAAGAAGUAGACUCCCGGAACAACAACAACAACAACAACAACGGCUCUUUUAAGAGCCACACACCCACAACUAGAGACAAACUCCUGAUUUACUUUAUAUGAUUGUUGACUUUGUUCGCUUUAACGUCGAAACACGAACUUUAAUCACCACUAUUACACUGUCUGGUGUAAAUAACAGCGUUAUGUUGAGUGUUGGUGGAGCAGCUCGAUCCAGACUCCAUUCAGAAAAGAAGCAAUUUAAAAGUUGUUUGCUUGUCGUCUUGGUAACAGACCUGACAAAGCAUGAAUUCAAACUUUUUACAAAUAAACAUCAUUAUCUACAUA